UUUUCUUUACAUAUUUUAGGACUUAAAAAGGAUAAGCCAUAAAAAUGGCUUACAACUAUGUGAUAGGGCCCGGGGGACAGCCCAUCAUUCUCGGGCAGGUACAGAUGAUACAGCCCUUGAUGCAGGUGCCCGGGGCUCCUGCCCCCAUGCAGCAGAUGAACACUGGUGUUCCUCCCCAACAACCACCUGUUCAGCAGACUAAAGUACCAGAUUAUAUGUCAGAAGAAAAACUGCAAGAAAAAACCAGAAAAUGGCAGCAGCUGCAGUCCAAAAGAUACAGUGAAAAGAGGAAAUUUGGGUUUGUGGAUGUACAAAAAGGAGAUUUUCCCCCGGAGCAUGUGAGAAAAAUUAUUCACGACCACGGAGACAUGACCAACAGAAAGUUCAGACAUGAUAAACGUGUAUAUCUAGGUGCAUUGAAGUAUAUGCCCCAUGCAGUGUUAAAGCUGUUAGAAAAUAUGCCGAUGCCAUGGGAACAGAUUCGUGAUGUUAAAGUACUCUACCAUACCACUGGAGCUAUAACAUUCGUCAAUGAAAUUCCAUGGGUCAUUGAACCGGUCUACAUUGCUCAGUGGGGAACUAUGUGGAUUAUGAUGCGUCGAGAAAAACGUGACAGACGUCACUUCAAGCGUAUGCGUUUCCCUCCAUUUGAUGACGAGGAGCCUCCCCUUGAUUAUGCAGGCAAUAUCCUAGAUGUUGAGCCCCUCGAGGCUAUACAGAUUGAACUGGACCCGGAGGAAGAUAAAUGUGUCGCAGAUUGGUUCUAUGAUCAUAAACCACUUGUUGAUACAAAGUCGGUUAAUGGUAGCACAUACAGGAAGUGGAACUUGUCAUUACCAGUUAUGUCCGUGUUGUAUCGUCUUGGCAACCAGCUGCUCACAGAUCUUGUUGACAACAACUACUUCUACCUGUUUGAUUUAAAGUCAUUCUUCACAGCAAAGGCAUUGAAUAUGGCCAUCCCAGGAGGUCCAAAGUUCGAGCCUCUAGUCAAGGACAAGGAAAUGCAGGAUGAAGACUGGAAUGAGUUUAAUGAUAUCAACAAGAUCAUCAUUCGUCAGCCAGUGAGGACCGAGUACAGGAUAGCUUUCCCUUACCUUUAUAACAACCUGCCAUUCCAGGUCCAUCUGUCAUGGUAUCAUUGGCCCAAUAUUGUAUUUAUCAAGACGGAGGAUCCUGAUUUACCUGCCUUCUACUUCGAUCCUCUCAUCAACCCUAUAUCUCACAGACACACUAACAAGAGCACAGAUCCCCUACCAGAUGAUGAUGAAGAGUUUGAGCUGCCGGAAUACGUUCAGCCGUUCAUGCAUGAUACUCCUUUAUACACCGAUAACACAGCAAAUGGCAUUGCCUUACUCUGGGCUCCUAGACCCUUCAACACCAGGUCUGGCCGCACAAGAAGGGCAAUUGACGCACUCGUGAAGUCCUGGUACCGAGAGCAUCCACCAGCUGGCAUGCCAGUAAAGGUUCGAGUCUCGUACCAGAAACUUCUGAAGUAUUAUGUGCUGAACGCCUUGAAACACAGACCGCCCAAGUCACAAAAGAAGAGGUACCUGUUCAGAUCAUUUAAAGCUACCAAGUUUUUCGAGACAACGCAAUUAGACUGGGUGGAGGUAGGACUGCAAGUAUGUCGUCAAGGUUACAACAUGUUGAACCUUCUCAUUCAUCGUAAAAAUCUAAACUACCUUCAUCUGGAUUACAACUUUAAUCUUAAACCUGUGAAGACAUUGACGACAAAAGAAAGAAAGAAGUCCCGGUUCGGAAAUGCUUUCCAUCUGUGUCGUGAAGUUCUCAGGUUGACCAAGCUUGUGGUUGACAGCUUUGUACAGUACAGAUUAGGAAAUGUUGAUGCUUUCCAGUUAGCAGAUGGGUUACAGUAUGUGUUCUCCCAUGUUGGUCAGCUGACUGGAAUGUACAGAUAUAAAUACAAGCUGAUGAGGCAGAUAAGAAUGUGUAAAGAUCUCAAACAUGUUAUAUACUACAGAUUUAAUACAGGUCCUGUUGGUAAAGGUCCAGGUUGUGGUAUAUGGGCUCCAGGGUGGCGUGUAUGGUUGUUUUUCAUGCGAGGUAUUACGCCCCUACUAGAGAGAUGGCUUGGUAACCUGCUGUCCAGGCAGUUUGAAGGUCGUCACUCGAAGGGGGUUGCUAAGACUGUAACUAAGCAACGUGUGGAGUCGCAUUAUGAUCUAGAAUUGAGGGCAGCAGUGAUGCAUGACAUUUUGGACAUGAUGCCUGAAGGUAUAAAACAGAACAAGGCAAGAACCAUCCUACAGCAUCUCAGUGAGGCGUGGAGGUGUUGGAAGGCUAACAUUCCAUGGAAGGUACCAGGAUUACCCAUCCCUAUAGAGAACAUGAUCUUGAGAUAUGUGAAAGCCAAGGCAGAUUGGUGGACAAACACGGCUCAUUAUAACAGGGAGAGAAUCAGGAGGGGUGCAACAGUAGAUAAGACUGUAUGUAAGAAGAAUCUCGGCAGACUGACUCGAUUAUAUCUGAAGGCAGAACAGGAAAGGCAACAUAACUAUCUCAAGGAUGGUCCAUACAUUACACCAGAGGAGGGUGUGGCUAUCUACACAACAACUGUCCAUUGGCUGGAGAGUAGGAGAUUUUCUCCUAUCCCUUUCCCUCCACUGUCAUACAAGCACGAUACCAAACUUCUUAUCUUAGCUUUAGAAAGGUUGAAAGAAGCAUACAGUGUGAAAAGCAGGUUAAACCAGUCACAGAGAGAAGAGUUGGGUCUCAUAGAGCAAGCCUAUGACAAUCCUCACGAGGCCUUGUCCAGAAUUAAACGUCAUCUUCUAACACAGAGAGCUUUCAAAGAGACUGGAAUUGAGUUUAUGGAUCUGUACAGUCACCUGAUACCGGUGUUUGAUGUGGAACCCCUCGAGAAGAUAACAGAUGCGUACCUGGACCAGUACCUGUGGUACGAGGCUGACAAGAGACGGUUGUUUCCUCCAUGGAUCAAACCAGCAGAUCUAGAACCACCGCCAACUCUUGUAUACAAAUGGUGUCAAGGCAUCAACAACUUGCAGGAUGUAUGGGACACCGCUGAAGGGGAGUGUAACGUGAUGAUGGAGACAAAGUUUGAGAAGAUGUACGAGAAGAUAGAUUUAACGCUACUCAACAGAUUGUUACGUUUGAUUGUAGACCAUAAUAUUGCUGAUUAUAUGACUGCCAAAAACAACGUUGUUAUCAACUAUAAGGAUAUGAACCACACAAAUUCAUAUGGUAUUAUUCGAGGUCUACAGUUUGCUUCGUUCAUCACCCAGUACUAUGGACUGGUACUCGACUUGCUGGUACUCGGCUUGAUGCGAGCCUCUGAGAUGGCUGGUCCCCCUCAGAUGCCCAACGCCUUCCUGCAGUUCCAGGAUGUUAAUACAGAGGCGGCCCAUCCAAUUAGGCUGUACUCGAGAUAUGUGGAUAGGAUCCAUAUAUACUUCAGAGGUAGGGCAGUGUUUUGGGAUAUCAAGAACAGAUUACCUCGGUCUGUGACAACUAUAGAAUGGGACGGCAGUUUUGUUUCUGUAUACAGUAAAGACAAUCCUAACUUAUUGUUUAACAUGUGUGGAUUUGAGUGUAGGAUUUUACCCAAGUGUAGAACAACACAUGAGGAGUUCACACACAGGGAUGGAGUGUGGAAUUUACAGAAUGAGGUAACUAAAGAGCGUACAGCGCAGUGUUUCCUGAGAGUAGAUGAUGAAUCUAUGAACAAGUUCCACAAUCGUGUCAGACAGAUCCUGAUGGCAUCUGGAUCCACAACAUUCACAAAGAUUGUAAACAAGUGGAACACAGCUUUGAUUGGAUUAAUGACCUACUUUAGAGAGGCUGUGGUCAACACACAGGAACUGUUGGACCUACUGGUCAAGUGUGAAAACAAGAUUCAAACCCGUAUUAAGAUCGGUCUCAACUCUAAAAUGCCCAGCAGGUUCCCUCCUGUAGUCUUCUAUACACCAAAGGAGUUAGGAGGUUUGGGAAUGUUGAGUAUGGGACAUGUUUUGAUACCGCAGUCAGAUCUGAGAUGGUCCAAGCAGACAGAUGUGGGUAUCACACAUUUUAGGUCGGGUAUGUCACAUGACGAGGACCAGCUUAUCCCUAACUUGUACAGAUAUAUUAUGCCAUGGGAAAGCGAGUUCAUAGAUUCUCAGAGAGUAUGGGCGGAGUAUGCAUUGAAGAGACAGGAGGCUAACGCCCAGAACCGUCGUCUAACCCUCGAGGACUUGGAGGACAGCUGGGACCGUGGUAUACCUAGGAUUAAUACUCUGUUCCAGAAGGACAGACACACCCUCGCCUAUGACAAGGGCUGGAGAGUGAGAACCGAGUUCAAAGCUUAUCAGGUUUUGAAACAGAAUCCAUUCUGGUGGACACAUCAGCGCCACGACGGUAAACUGUGGAAUUUGAACAACUACAGGACUGAUAUGAUACAGGCUCUCGGUGGUGUAGAGGGUAUAUUAGAACAUACUCUAUUCAAGGGGACAUACUUCCCUACCUGGGAAGGUCUCUUCUGGGAAAAGGCAAGUGGUUUUGAGGAGUCUAUGAAGUACAAGAAGCUAACCAAUGCACAGAGAUCUGGUCUGAACCAGAUACCUAACAGAAGAUUUACACUCUGGUGGUCUCCUACAAUUAACAGAGCUAAUGUAUAUGUAGGUUUCCAGGUACAGCUAGAUCUGACUGGUAUUUUCAUGCACGGCAAGAUCCCCACGCUGAAAAUCUCAUUGAUCCAGAUAUUCCGGGCUCAUUUAUGGCAGAAAAUACAUGAAAGUGUUGUCAUGGAUCUCUGUCAGGUAUUUGAUCAAGAGUUAGAUGCCCUUGAGAUAGAGACAGUACAGAAGGAGACCAUUCAUCCACGUAAAUCCUACAAGAUGAACAGUUCCUGUGCAGACAUACUACUCUUUGCUGCUUACAAGUGGAAUGUCUCCAAACCUUCAUUGCUUGCAGAUUCAAAAGAUGUGAUGGACAAUGCCACGACACAGAAGUACUGGUUGGAUAUACAGUUGAGAUGGGGAGAUUACGACUCACACGAUGUCGAGAGAUACACCAGGGCCAAGUUCCUUGAUUACACAACAGACAAUAUGAGUAUCUAUCCGUCACCCACUGGUGUUCUUAUUGGCAUUGACCUUGCAUAUAACCUUCACAGUGCAUAUGGUAACUGGUUCCCUGGCGCGAAGCCACUGAUCCAGCAAGCCAUGGCAAAGAUCAUGAAAGCCAAUCCAGCUUUGUACGUGUUGAGAGAAAGAAUCCGUAAAGGUUUGCAGCUGUACUCCUCGGAGCCCACUGAGCCCUACCUGAGUUCACAGAACUACGGGGAGCUGUUCUCUAACCAGAUCAUCUGGUUUGUAGAUGAUACUAAUGUGUACAGAGUUACCAUUCACAAGACAUUUGAAGGUAACUUGACAACCAAACCAAUCAAUGGAGCCAUUUUCAUCUUCAACCCUAGAACUGGACAACUUUUCUUGAAGAUUAUUCAUACAUCAGUAUGGGCUGGUCAGAAACGUCUUGGACAGCUUGCCAAAUGGAAGACAGCUGAGGAAGUUGCUGCUUUGAUUAGAUCUCUACCAGUAGAAGAACAACCCAAACAGAUCAUUGUCACACGUAAAGGCAUGUUGGAUCCCCUCGAGGUCCAUCUCCUUGAUUUCCCAAACAUCGUGAUCAAGGGCAGUGAACUCCAGCUACCUUUCCAGGCUUGCCUUAAGGUUGAGAAGUUUGGGGACUUGAUAUUGAAGGCAACAGAACCACAGAUGGUGUUGUUUAAUUUAUACGAUGAUUGGUUGAAAACUAUCUCAUCAUACACUGCAUUCUCUCGUCUAAUCUUGAUUUUGCGAGCAUUGCAUGUGAACAAUGAUCGUACAAAGAUCAUUCUGAAGCCAGACAAGACAACAAUUACCGAGCCGCAUCAUAUCUGGCCGACACUGUCAGACGAGGAGUGGAUGAAGAUUGAAGUACAGCUGAAAGAACUUAUUCUUGCUGAUUAUGGCAAGAAAAACAAUGUGAACGUAGCCUCUCUGACACAGUCUGAAAUCCGAGACAUUAUACUUGGUAUGGAGAUAUCAGCACCCUCGGCCCAGCGACAACAGAUUGCUGAGAUUGAGAAACAGACAAAAGAACAGUCCCAGCUUACCGCUACAACAACAAAAACAGUUAACAAACAUGGCGACGAGAUCAUUACUUCAACUACAAGUAAUUACGAGACUCAAACAUACGCUUCAAAAACUGAGUGGCGUGUUCGAGCGAUCUCCGCAACAAACUUACAUCUACGUACAAAUCAUAUUUACGUGUCCUCUGACGACAUUAAAGAGACAGGAUAUACGUACAUUCUACCGAAAAAUGUGUUGAAGAAGUUUAUUAUAAUAUCAGACUUGCGUGCUCAGAUCUCGGGAUAUUUGUACGGAGUUAGUCCCCCUGAUAAUCCGCAGGUGAAGGAGAUCAGGUGUAUUGUGAUGCCGCCACAGUGGGGUACACAUCAGACUGUACAUCUACCCAACAUUCUACCAGAGCACGAGUACUUGAAGGAAAUGGAGCCUCUAGGAUGGAUACACACCCAGCCUAAUGAGUUGCCCCAGCUCUCCCCUCAGGAUAUCACCACACAUGCCAAGAUCAUGCAGGAAAAUCUCCACUGGGAUGGGGAGAAAACGGUCAUCAUUACAUGCAGUUUUACCCCUGGAUCCUGCUCAUUGACCGCCUAUAAACUGACCCCAAGUGGUUACGAUUGGGGACGUCAGAACACAGAUACGGGUAACAAUCCAAAGGGUUACCUCCCCUCACAUUAUGAACGUGUACAGAUGUUACUCUCGGACAGGUUCUUGGGAUUCUUCAUGGUGCCUGCACAAACAUCGUGGAACUAUAACUUCAUGGGUGUACGUCACGAUCCCAACAUGAAGUAUGAGCUGAUGCUGUCUAACCCGAAGGAGUUUUACCAUGAGGUACAUAGACCCUCACAUUUCCUCAACUUCAGUCAGAUGGAAGAGGGCGAACAAAUUGGUGCCGACAGAGAAGAUCUGUUCUCUUAAUACUGGUGUAACAGUAAAAAUUGUGUCACAGUUAAAAUUGAGAGUAGUCACAGUUAAAAUUGUGUGACAGAGGAAGGUGACUACGUCAACAGUCAUAAACUAAUGUUUGAAGAGAUGAAGGACAUGAGUAGUACUUUGGAAAUGUUAUCUUGAACAUUUGAAGAAAAAUACACAUAUAUGUUCAUAGUUGUUAUAAAUGAAAAGUGUCCAAUCAUUUUUCCAGAUGUUUAUAAAGAUUACAGUUUUCAUAUAUGUAUAUGCCCGAAGGUUAUUGUGAGUUAUGACUUUUGGGAAAAAGAUGUUUACAACUGAACCAUUGUUGUUUGAUCUAAAAUGAGAGUUGUUUUCCUCGGAAAUUUAAAGAAUUUAUCAAUACAAUCACACUAAACAAAAAACCUGUAAACAAGUUCACAUAUUAUGUUGUCAUAAAAUGAUUCAACUUUGUUAUAAAUCAAAUAUUAUAUCAGUUCUUGAUAAUGUGACCAUUUUAGUGCUUCUAAAUUGCCUUUUUCCAGUUUUGUAUAUAAUAAUUCAUCCUCGCCACAUGUAUGUUAGGUAUUGUUUUAUCACAAUCACCAUUACAUGAGUGUAUGUGUUCAUAUUUUCUGCCCCAUUGUCAUAUUAUGUUUUAUUGUAUGAAUGAAUGAAUUAAGCAGUUUUGUAAAUAAAUUAAAAGUUUCAUAUAUGUUUAAGGUAUUAUUAAGUUGAUUAAUUCAUCAACUUUUAAUAAGGGGCUUGACUGUUUGGUGUGUAAGAAAACACAAAGAAAAAGGAUGGAUACUUAUCUUGUGUAAUAAAGUCUGUGAGGUGGAAAUGAAGAAAGAAAGCUAUAAAAGAUAUAUGCUCUUUCAUGGUCAUGCUAAAAGUAAUGUUUAAGGAUAUGUUUCAAUCAGGAAUACGAAAUUGCAAUUCUCUUGUGAAAGUGAAAACUAUACAAACUGAUUUCCAUUUUAAAUUGUUCUAAAAGUUUACACUUCAUACUAUUUAUGUAACAUUACUAAAUUUGCCUUUAAUCUAUAAUGUGGUUUAUAAUAUAUUUCAAAGUUCAUUUUGUAAAUUGGAGUAUUGACAAGUACAUAAAAAUCGAUGAGAAUCUUUUCAAUAAAAUUUGAAACCAUU